AUGCAGCGCGUAGGGACUUCCCGACCUGGGCUAGUCUCUUCGGUGUCGAGGUUUUGUCGCUACUCUACCAACAAGCCUGACAAGUCUUCCCAGCCCAGGCAGCUGGUUACAGAAUGGGGAGGCAUCGUCAUUCCAAGUCGCUCGGAAAUUCAGGAGAAGGAGAAGGAGCAGAUCCGUAAACUCGAGGAAUCGAAAACCGAUUUGAGCUAUCUGAAGAACGCCUCGAAUCACAGCUUGGCUGCCCGUCUCGCGCGUCGCAAGGAUGCUGCUCCCGCAUCCCCACCACCGGCAAAAGUUGAACCUAUCUCACCUGAAGCCAUGGAGGAAAUGAUUCAAAAGCGACGGGAGAUUCGUCUGGCAAGAGAAAAGGCGGAAGCAGAGAGAGCUAUGCGCCUUUACACACCUAACGCGGCACUCAAAAAUUCUUUGGAGACUGUGGCAGCAAAUUAUCAAUCUACCCCAACCGUAUUGCCACGAACACAAUCCCUGCGUAUGGGCAAUGUUCGGCCUCCUUCCGACAAUGCUCCACGAACCAGGAAUGCACGACCUUCGCGCCAAGAUGUACCCCGUGUCGAUAACGCUCCACGACGUUCUGGCAACGUUGAACGAGUACGGGAGCGUCCCCAAGUAUCUGUACAUCCUGUCAUUUCUGACUCAACCAUUGAAAAUGCUUCACAUGAGGCACCUGUAGAGGAUGUCCAGGAUGACGGGGAACAACCAGCGGUUACAGACCAGCUGACUUUAGAUGAUAUAACUCGGGCAACCAUCCGUACUAAUGACUUAGAGCGUGCUGAUGAUCGUAGCAGCCGUCGAGGCCGCAUCGCUACUUCCCAAGCCAAAAAGUUGGAGAAACGUAUUCGCGACGGACUUGUCGACGAGGGCGAGGCCACAAAAUUUAAGAAUUCCGGAAUUGUCAUCAAGCAAAAAUUCGUCACAAAGGAAGCAAUCCAGGUCAAUAUUGAGCAACGGCGACAAGCGCGCCUUGACCGCGAGCAAGAGUCUGAGGCCAAUGGCAGAAGACAAGCUCGAAGGGGCCCGAAUACAAGGUUGACUAAACGAGAAACAGACAGCACCUCGAUGCAACCCCUCGAGGAUGGAGCAGAAGUGGACUUUAGUGCAGAGGUGAACUUGGGCGAGAUGUCCAUUUCGGAAGAUGUGGUGAACGUAGAUCCUGCCUACACUGAGGAACCCGAAUCUAUCUCGGCCACGCUCACCGACAUUUUCAAAGGCACCUCUGCCUUUAGAAGCGCAGGAUUCAAAAAGGUCGGCCUUCGAAAGGCUGGCCUUAUAAAAGAGAACUACUCCAUAUACGUGCCAGAUUCAACAGCAGCCCUCUUCUCCGUUCCCGCUCGCGAACUUUCUGCUGUAGAUAUUGCCAAUCUGGCUCUUGCACAUCACUCGGAGAUCGAUGUCCCCAGGCGCAAGGUAGCUCUCGAUUUGAUUGCGGCUGCUACUCGCCCCCGUUCAGCUGGCAUACAAGCAAAUUCUUAA